AUGCCAGAGUUGUCUGCUACGAAGCCUAAUUGGUGUGUAUACUGUAUGUGAAGUUUGCCAGUCCAUGCCAAAAGAAGAGGAGAACAAAAUAAUGUUGUGGCAAAAUUAUAAACAUCUAUGACUAUCCACUCAAAAUAUCAAAAUAUCUAUAUACUCUAUCUAUCCGUGACUAUCUACUCAAAAUUCAGGACUCUUUUCAAGACAACCCGAGGCUAUUUUGGAGUUAUCGUAAGGCGAUUUUCCAUCAUCGAUCAACCCAAACUCCAAUAAUUUCCUACAAGGGAAAACUGGAAAAAACGCAUUCAGACAAAGCUGAACUUUUCAAUUCUUAUUUCUCCUCUGUGUUUCAACCUUCAAGACCCAAUAAACAUCAAACCUCCACCUUCUCUUCGUCCCAAUUACGAACUGACACUCAACUACGGGAGAUAGAGCUUAGUGAACACGACGUCGCUAAUUGCCUAAGAAAUCUUGAUACAUCCAAAGCAAGUGGUCCCGACGGAAUUCCUGCACGUCUUCUAAAAGAAUGCAGCCAACAAAUCGCUCCGAGUCUUUGUUCUCUCUUCAACCUCUCCCUACAAUCCAGUUGGAUUCCUUCCGAGUGGAAAUCAGCAGACGUGGCACCGAUCCAUAAAAAAGAAUCGAAGGAGCCAGCGGAAAACUAUCGGCCCAUUUCGUUACUGCCAAUUGUCAGUAAAGUCUUGGAACGCUGUGUGUACUUUAAGAUUUCACGACCACAUUCUACAUCACAUUAGCCAAGCUCAACAUGGUUUUCUUCGAAAACGCUCGUGUGUGACUCAACUGCUAUCAGUAUUCCACACUAUUGGACAUGAUCUAGAUAAGAAUAUUCAGACGGACGUCUUGUAUCUGGAUUUAGCUAAGGCUUUCGACACCGUGGACCACGCAAUCGUUCUCGAGAAACUGCGUGGUUACGGUGUGACAGGAUCAGUUUUGGGUUGGUUUGCAGACUAUUUGAAUGGUAGGACUCAGAGAGUCGUUGUAGAUGGUGUGGCUUCGACAUGGUCACCAGUCACCUCUGGAGUGCCUUAA